UUGUGAACGCCUCAUGAUGGUCUUGGUUUUCAUCUUGUAAACAGUAGCUGCAUACUUAGGAGAGCGAGCGGCGAGCUUUUGAAGGUUCCAUGGAGUUCCAAUCUAUUUGCGAUUUCUCUCAAGAACUCGAUACCUCAUUGCUGGAUAGAGCUGUGUUAUCAUUCUUCACUGGAUCAGGGCCUGAGCGACAAGCCGCUCAAACAGCUUUAACGCAAUUCCAAGAGCAUCCCGAAUCAUGGACUAGAGUUCCCGAAAUAUUGCAAAAGUCAUCCUAUCCUCAAACUAAAUAUAUCGGUCUUCAAAUCCUUGAGAAAGUCAUCUCAACGCGAUGGAAAUCUCUCCCAGAUGGUCAACGACAAGGUAUGAGGAACUUUCUCAUCACCGUUACCAUCGAGAUCGCCUCGGACGAGGUGACGGCGCGGAAAGAAAAAAUCUACCUGAACAAAUUGAAUUUGGCCAUGGUGCAGGUCCUCAAACAAGAAUGGCCACACAAUUGGCCUACAUUCAUCUCCGAACUCGUCGAAUCCUCCUCAACCUCUCUCCCGCUCUGUGAAAACAAUAUGGUCCUCCUCCGUCUCCUCUCUGAAGAGAUCUUCGACUUCUCUGCCGACCAAUUAACUCAAGCCAAAGCUAAAGAACUCAAGCUCCAGCUAUCGAGCGAGCUGAGUAUGGUCUUCAAACUGUGUCUGGAGGUAUUAAAGGAGGCAUCAAGAGUGAGCCUCCUGAGGGCGACGCUGGAGACGUUGGGCAAAUUUUUGAGUUGGAUACCAUUGGGGUAUAUCUUCGAAACGGAAUUGUUACAACUUUUUGUCGAACGGUUCCUUGAAUCAGCCGAAUAUCGUAAUCUUACCCUUAAAUGUGCCGCCGAAAUCGCGAGCCUCCCUCAGUCGGACGUAUCAAUGUACGAUGCGAAACUCAAGAUCUUCUUCAUGAGUGUUAUGACAACUCUCAAUAAACUUAUACCACCAAGCACGGAUAUCGCAUCUGCAUAUGCAAACGCGUCGGAUGCGGGACAGGAAAUGGUCGUCGCUCUGGCGUUGUUCCUGGCAAAUUUCUUUUCGAAGCACUUGCCGAUAAUGGAGGGAGACGCAGACCGCGAAGCGCUCAUUAACGCUCAUUUCUACCUCAUCAAGAUAUCUCAAGUGGACGAGCGAGAAGUAUUCAAGAUCUGUCUUGAAUACUGGCUGAUACUCCUCGUUGGGUUGUACGACGAAGUGUCUAUGAUACCCAUUGGUACAGAUCUCAGCAGGCUGAAACUGAGGAAAGACAUAUACAGGGAAGUCUUGUCGAAUUUAAGGCUCGUGGCUGUGGGGAAGAUGGUCAAACCUGAAGAGGUCUUGGUCGUCGAAAACGAGGAAGGCGAAGUUGUCCGCGAAUACCUCCAAGAAACCGACACCAUUGUCCUGUAUAAAUCGAUGCGAGAGCUCAUGGUUUACCUCACUCACCUUGACGUCGUUGAUGUCGAGACGAUCCUAACGCAGAAGAUGGCAGCUCAAAUUGACGGCAGUGAAUGGAGUUGGGGAAACUUAAACACGUUAUGUUGGGCUAUUGGGAGUAUAUCAGGUGCGAUGGACGAAGACACUGAAAAACGGUUCCUGGUCCUCGUCAUUCGCGAACUCCUGGGACUCGUCGAGCGAAAGUGCGGUAAAGAUAACAAGGCCAUAAUUGCUGCGAACAUAAUGUACAUUGUCGGUCAAUACCCUCGUUUCCUCAAAGCCCAUUGGAGAUUCCUGAAGACGGUGGUUAAUAAGCUGUUCGAGUUCAUGCAUGAGACGCAUGAAGGUGUUCAAGACAUGGCCUGUGACACGUACAUGAAAAUUACUACAAGCUGCGGGAGACAGUUUGUCGUUCGACAGUCGGACGAGAAAGAACCUUUCGUCGAUGAGAUUCUGCGGAUGAUCAAUAGGAUCACAGUGGAUUUAUCCCCUCAACAGGUACACACAUUUUAUGAAGCAACGGGAGUAAUCAUCGCUGAGGCGUUGAACAGAGCUCAGCAAGAGAGGCUGAUAAUUAGUCUCAUGGAAUUACCAAAUGGCGCUUGGGAUACCCUGAUGAUGCAAGCCUCUCAAAGUCCUACCAACUCCGCCAACACACCUCCACUACUACAUAACCAGGAGUCUGUCAAGCUUCUCUCGAAUGUUAUUAAAACAAACAUCUCAGCAUGUUCAUCCAUCGGCGGGGAAGCAUACACAUCUCAAAUAGCGAGGAUAUUCACGGAUAUGCUAGGAUUGUAUAAAACCAUUAGUGGGAUGAUCAGUGAAGUUAUUGCGAAGGAAGGUGUCCUCAUAGCCAAAACUCCGCAAAUCCGUCAACUGCGCGCACUGAAAAAAGAUAUACUCAAACUAAUGCAAACAUACAUCAACUCCGUCGUACAGAUCGAAGUCGUCAAUGAAAAUUUCAUCCCUCCGCUGUUAGACGCAGUGUUAGGGGAUUAUCAACGAAAUAUAGCUGCGGCUAGGGAUGCGGAAGUGUUGAAUCUGAUGAGUGAUGUUAUCAGGUGUCUCGGUUCUUUAAUCACCCCGCAAGUACCGCCAAUACUCAGUGCUGUCCUCGAGCCAACGCUAGAAAUGAUUACCCAAGAUCUCACAGAGUACCCUGAUCAUCGGCUGUACUUUUUCCAUCUUCUCCGUAUGAUAAUCUUAAAUUGCUUCCCAGCGUUGCUGAGUAUACCUCCCGAGGGCUUUAAGCUCGUUAUGAAUAGUAUCAUCUGGGCGAUGAAACAUUCUGCAAAAGAUUUGGGUGAUACCGGGUUACAUAUGUGCUUCGACAUCCUUGAAGCAUUCUCCUCCUCCUCCCCCGAAGUCGCAGAAGUUGCACACGCCUUCUACAGCCAGUACUUUCUCGUUAUUGUUCAAGAAAUUUUUUAUGUCAUGACCGACUCAGAGCACAAGAGUGGCUUUUCAUUGCAAGCAACAGUGCUAUCAAGGAUGUUCAAGAUUGUCAAUGAGAGUGGAAUGCCAGUGGAGGUCUUAGAUCCUACUACUAAUGUCACUACCGGUACUUCCACCUCAAAUAUGACGUCGGAGUUCUUCCAGCACUACUGCGUCAAGCUGCUAAGCAGCGCAUUUCCACAUGUCCAUAGCUCACAUAUACAAGUGUUGGUGGCGGGCAUGAAUAACAAUUAUAAUGAUAUUACCCAAUUCAAGGUGGGUUUGAAAGACUUUUUAGUUCAAAUGAAGGAGUUUUCCGCCGAAUCAUGAUAAAGGUGUGUGAUGUGUGGUGUGUAUUAUGUGGACGCAUGUAUAUGUUGUGCAAUGUCCCUACUUGAUUCGGAAUGACCAUUAUCUCUUCCGAUUUUUUGAGAAUUUGAGUUAGCUAUCUCCAGUCAUCUUCCCUCAUCUCAA